AUGGACCUUUCCAUCGCUCCAACGGACGGACGCGAACGCAAUGCAUGCCAGUCAAUUGAUCCCGCUGGCUUCUUUAUUCGACACCCACCUGCCCCUCAUCUCCUCGAUAACUUCAUUACAGGCGAGGAACAUCUCUUCCAAACCAUACACAUGGGCGCUGCGGUGGUUGACGAGGAUGAAUGGCUUCUGAUCAUAGAUGGGCUAGUCGAGCGGCCUUUCGCACUGACUUUCACCCAACUGCGUCAACUCCCAAGACGUUCCGUGACGGCUUUUCACGAAUGUUAUGGCAGCCCUUUGAAGCCGCCAACAGAAGCCGUUUGGCGCAUUGGAAACGUCGUCUGGACGGGAGUCCCAUUGCCAUCUCUAUUGGAGCUGGCGCGGCCAUCACCUGCGGCCACAUUCAUCUGGUCUGAAGGACUUGAUUACGGCACCUUCCACGGCGUUACAGCGGACCGAUAUCAGAAGGACCUUCCGAUGAACAAGGCUCUCAACCAAGAAGUUCUUGUGGCUUACGAGAUGAAUGGUGAGCCAUUGGGCAAGGAGCGAGGCGGGCCUGUGAGACUUGUGGUUCCCGGCUGGUUUGGGACGAACAUGACCAAGUGGCUAUGCCGUUUAUCUCUCCAGGACAGGCGAGCGGAAGGACCUUAUACGACGACGUUCUACAACGAGAUUGAUCCGGCGGACCCGGAAGGCAAGAAGAGAAGACCCGUGUGGAAGGUGGAAGUCAACUCAAUCAUCACGAAACCGGAACCUGGUGCUAUCUUCCGGGGACCGGACGUGCAGAUCGAGGGCUGGGCAUGGUGUUGUGAAGAAGUAGUGGAAGUCUUGGUCAGCGCAGAUGCAGGAAAGUCAUGGAACCUGGCCAGCAUCACUCCAAGGACGGAAUUUGCAUGGCAGAGAUGGGAAGUGUGCUUGAAGCUUCAGGCCGGGGAACACAAAGUGAUGGCCAGAGCGAGGUCUGUGUCAGAACAACAGCCUCUGGGCGGACGAAGGAAUCAUGUCCAUACUGUGGCAAUCCAAGUCAUGCCUUCAUAA